UUUGGAAGGACAAGAACAAGGCGAGGCGAGGAAAUCACGAUCAGAAGAGAGGGCAUGACAAGAAGCUGGCACGCGCUGCAGGACCACCAGCAUCAGACGCCGGUUGACCUCAUUGUAUGCGGACGGAUAAACAUGGCUCCGGAACACAAUCAACAACUUACCUGGUGGUCACACCGGAUCAGCCUGAAGUUGGUGUGGGAUGCACGGAUCCCUCGAUAUUUCAGUCAGAUGGUCUUCUACGCAUCUAAAAGCAAUUGUUACGCCAACAAACGCAGCCGUAUCAAACUAGCACCACUGAAGGAAGCGGUGAGAUGGAGAUAUCCUAAUAAGAGUACUGUGAGCGAUUAUAAUAGCAACAGGCGCUCGACCUGAGUAAUUGGGACUGCGAGCAGAGCUUCGACAAGGUAUAUAUAGAAUGCAGCUACGCUUCUCGAAGGUCGACAAUCCAUUCGUCACUGUUUGUUGACACGCUCCGAUCACCUAUUAUCACUAUCAAGCCGACGUAGGAUGACGACGAAUCC